GGCGGGGCCCGCCGCGAUUGGCCGGCGGCGCGUGGGCCCACGUCUGCCGAGCCGGGGAGCCGCGCGCCCGGGGUCUGGGCCGCCAGAGGCUGCGGGGCGGCCGCGAGAUGGGGCACGAAAGGUGUUUGCGGAGAAGGGGCGGCCCGUAUAAAACAGAACCUGCGACUGACCUCACCCGCUGGCGACUGAGCAAUGAAGAGGGGCGGCAGAGUUGGCGCUAUCUGGAGGCUGAUGAGGAAUGUGAGAGAGAGCAGAGCGGGCUGGAGGCUCACUGCCUAGGCUUGGACACGAGUAAGUUCUUCAAGGCCUUGCCCCAAGCCUGCACAGCCCAGGAAGCAGUGCUGAAUGGGAUGAAGUUUUACUCUGGCCUGCAGGCGGAGGAUGGGCACUGGGCCGGUGACUACGGGGGGCCUCUCUUCCUGCUGCCAGGUUUCCUGAUCACCUGUCACGUUGCCAAGAUCCCACUGCCAGAAGGGUACAGGAGGGAGAUGGUGCGUUACUUGCGCUCGGUGCAGCUCCCGGAUGGAGGCUGGGGCUUGCACGUGGAAGACAAAUCGACAGUGUUUGGCACAGCACUCAACUACACGUCCUUGAGGAUCCUGGGGGUUGGGCCAGAUGACCCUGACCUCGUGAGGGCUCGGAUCAACCUCCACAGCAAAGGUGGUGCUGUGGGAAUCCCGUCCUGGGGGAAGUUUUGGCUGGCCGUCUUGAACGUUUACAGCUGGGAGGGAAUGAACACGCUGCUCCCUGAGCUGUGGCUGCUCCCGACCUGGAUGCCAGCCCACCCCUCCACGCUCUGGUGCCACUGCCGCCAGGUGUACCUGCCGAUGAGCUACUGCUACGCCACGCGCCUGACUGCCGAGGAGGAUGAGCUUGUCCAGAGCCUCAGACAGGAGCUAUACGUCCAGGACUACUCCAGCAUUGACUGGCCGGCCCAGAGGAAUAAUGUGGCAGCCUGCGAUCUCUACACCCCGCACAGCUGGCUUCUCACGCUUGCCAAUGCCAUCCUGAACGUAUACGAAGCCCACCACAGCGCUCGGCUGAGGCAGCGAGCCGUUGCGGAGCUGUACGACCACAUCAAGGCUGAUGACAGAUUCACCAAGGCCAUCAGCAUUGGCCCGAUUUCCAAGACCAUUAACAUGCUGGUUCGCUGGUACGUGGAAGGGGCGAGCUCUCCAGCCUUCCAGGAGCAUGUCUCCAGGAUCCCUGAUUAUCUCUGGCUGGGACUCGACGGCCUGAAGAUGCAGGGCACCAAUGGAUCCCAGCUCUGGGACACAGUGUUUGCUGUCCAAGCCUUCCUGGAGGCUGGCGCUCAGAAUGACCCGGCAUUUGCUUCUUGUCUGAGGCAGGCCCAUGAGUUCCUCAGAAUCACCCAGAUUCCGGAUAACCCGCCCGACUACCAGAAAUACUAUCGCCAGAUGAGCAAGGGCGGAUUCCCCUUCAGCACCCGUGACUGCGGCUGGAUCGUGGCUGACUGCACUGCGGAGGGGCUGAAGUCGGUGAUGCUGCUGCAGGAGAAGUGUCCCUUCAUAGCAGAGCACAUCCCCACGGGGCGCCUCUUUGAUGCUGUGGAUGUGUUGUUGAGCAUGAGGAAUCCUGAUGGAGGCUUCGCGACGUACGAAACCAAGCGGGGGGGCCGGCUGCUGGAGCUCCUGAACCCCUCGGAGGUGUUCGGCGAUAUCAUGAUAGACUACUGCUACGUGGAGUGCACGUCGGCUGUCGUGCAGGCACUGAAGCACUUCCACGCGGCCUUCCCGGAGCACCGGGCCCAGGAGGUCAGAGAGACGCUGCGCAAGGGCCUGGAGUACUGCCGCAGGGUGCAGAGAGCUGACGGCUCGUGGGAAGGGAGCUGGGGCGUGUGCUUUACCUACGGCACCUGGUUUGGACUGGAGGCAUUGGCCUGUCUGCAGCACACCUACGAGAACGGAGCUGCAUGCAGGGAGGUGACCAAAGCCUGCCAGUUCCUGGUCUCCAAGCAGAUGGAGGAUGGUGGCUGGGGAGAGGACUUUGAGUCCUGCGAGCAGCGCAGAUACAUGCAGAGCCCCACCUCCCAGAUCCACAACACCUGCUGGGCCCUGCUGGGGCUCAUGGCCGUCAGAUACCCGGAUGUUGGGGUGCUGGAGAAGGGGAUCAAGGUUUUGAUCGACAAGCAGCUGCCCAAUGGUGACUGGCCUCAGGAGAACAUCUCUGGAGUGUUCAACAAGUCCUGUGCAAUCAGCUACACCUCCUACCGCAACGUCUUCCCCAUCUGGGCCCUGGGGCGCUUUGCACGCCUGCACCCUGGCAGCAGCCUUGCUGGCAAGCUGCAGCCCAGGUCCUUGCACAGCGAAGAGGAGAUCCUGGCUGGAGGGAAGCGGGAUGGGGUUCUGUCAGGGUCCCCCUCUGUCUGACCUUGGCCCUGCCCAUGCCCCAUGGCAGGCCUGCAGCCUCAGUGACACACUAGCUGGAUUUGCUUGGCUACAAGGCUCUUUAAGGGAGGCUGGCAGGCCCUGGCGCUGUGUCGUGGUCCAUGAGGACUCUGCACAUUGAUUCUAGCUCCGUGCCUACGUGUGGGCUUGGAGGGGCAGCGAGUGUGUGGGCACUGGCUGGCUUAUCGUCAAACAUGCUGUACGGCUGGGGCCUGGCUUGAAGGGACCCCUCUUCCCGGCUCCAUUGUGUAACAAGGCGGUGUCUGCAGGUGGGUGCUUGCUGCGCAGGGCAGGCUGCUUUGGGGUGGGGCCUAUCCGUGUGACCUCGAGCAGCUGUCUGCACUUCAAGCUGGAGGAGACACGCCAGCGCUCGCUGAGAUGGAGAUAGUGCCCUGACCCUGGGGUUCCCAAACCUCUUUCCCCGAGGCCCACCUGUGCAGCUGCCAUGGGCGCUGCAGCCCACUAGAAACGCUUCCUGAGGAAACCGAUUAAUUUUAAUUACUACAUCCAUAUAAACGAUAACACUAGAAACUAUGUACUUGGUUCCUUUCCCUUGUGAUCUCAACAGGUGUAAUGCUGGACAUCCCUAGCAGCACUCACUCAAAGAAAUGCCUCAGGGACUCAGAAACCAAACCAGUUCAGUAAAGCUACGCUUUAAAAACUGUGGAGAGCAAAAUGUGGUGUUCAUUCCCACAAGGAAAACACACUUCGGUAUAAAAUGGAACAAUAAGCAACACAACAAUGGUAACACAACUGUUGAAUAACUACGCAAUGUGUUUUUUUUAUUUUAAAACAAAAUAGUUGGCCAACUUGGCACACAAUACUGUGUGUUCUAUUUUUUUUUUAGUGUAAAAUCUGAAUGUUUAUGGUGUGUAAGUAAAGACCCAGUUCAGCUCUCUAUUAAUUAGGUCAAAUAUUGUAAAUACGAAUAUAAAAUAACUUAGACCAGGA